CAAAGGAGUUUUCGUGUUUUCCUAAAAACUGAACUGAGGAGAUAAUUCUUAGCAGAGAACCUGUAAACUGCAUUUUUCCACUCAUUAUUUCACUUCGCAAUGAUGCAAUUCGUUGAACUUUGCCCAAUCUUAGUUCUGUCUGCUCUGAUACAAGAUAAAGGCUCUGCUGAGGGGUUUAAUAUUUCGUAUCGAGAGGAUUCGUCGCCAACUUUUCGAGAACAUGUAUUUAUUAAAGAUGAGUUCCAUCAUCUGAACGUGUCUCCAGUGGAAACAUUCAGCGUGUCUGAUGUCAUGGACUGCACCUUCAAAUGCCUUUGUAACCCUUUCUGCUUUUCUGCCAACUUGGCUGUUGUCAGAAAAGCCGAUGGGAAAUUUUGGUGCGAGUUACUGUCUUCUGAUAAAUACAAGAACAACACAGAAUACACAGAAAGUAGAAAUGUACAUCACUUUUCCCUGAAGUCCCCUUGCUCUUCCUCGCCAUGUCAAAACAAAGCCACCUGUGUGACGAAUUACAAAUAUGACUCCUUUGAGUGUCUCUGUAAUGAAGGCUAUGUCGGAAAAUAUUGCGAAAGAGCCAUCAGGUCAUGCAGAGAAAUGUUUGAGCUAAACAAGCUGAACACAAGUCAGCUGGUCAUCCUUAUCGUUGACUCAAAACCAUUGACCGUCUUCUGCCACGUGGGAGAUUUGGGUUGUGGAAGAGGAGGCUGGACACCAGUGAUGAAGAUUGAUGGAGACAAGCAAACUUUUCAUUAUGACUCGGGGUAUUGGAGCGAUAAGAACACCUUCAAACUUGGUGGAGGAAGUACUGGGUUUGAUUCAAUGGAGACCAAGUUACCAACGUACUGGAACACAUCUUUUUCUAAAAUCUGUCUCGGUAUGAAGAUCAACCAAGACAUCAGAUUUAUGGUGAUAAACAAACAGGCCGAGUCUCUUUACUCACUGAUAGCUGAUGGGGAAUACCGCCAAACUUCAUUAGGUCGAAACAAGUGGAAGGCGCUGAUUGGUUCGGAAGCAUCUCUUCAAAAUAAAUGUAACAAGGAAGGUUUUAAUGUACAAUGUCUUCAUAAGGGGUCCCCUACGCAGAAUUCUAGAGCAAGAAUCGGUUUUAUUGGUAAUAAUAGACGCAACUGCACCAAUUGUAACUCCAGAAUUGGAUUUGGUACCGGGGGCCAUCCUGAUUUUAACAACACGUGUGGGAACGAGGCAAUAAGGAGAUCAAAUAAAGGUGACAAACAUAUUAGAACCAUGGGGUUCAUAUUGGUGCAGUGAUGAUGGGACGAACAAAGAAGAAAAGACUGUUUCAUGAUAGAUGUUCUAUCUUAACAUGGACAAUAGGUUCUUAAGCCUUACUCAUCAGUUGAAAAAUCUUUCAAAAAGACUUAGAUGAUGUGUCGUAAACGAAGGAGGUAAAUAUUUGCCUCCUUGUGUUGGCACGAGAGAGUGUCUAAUUAUGAAGGAUUAUUUUAUUCUGCAAUACAUUUGAGUUGAUUUGUUUCAUAACAUGGCGUUUCCAUG